AUGCGACGAUAUAGUGUGAAAGCAAGAACAACGAUGGCUAUGCCAGUGAUAGUUGACAGUACAGGGAAAACCGCCCCUGUGGAGGCGCGGUCGUGGAGCGGCGUGCUGGAGGCGCGCGAGUUCGGCGCCAUGUGCUACCAGCCCCUGGAGAACGACGUCUGGGACACCGUGGAGUCGUCGCUGGACCUCGGGCACCUCGAGGCCCAGCUGAGGAAGGCCCUGGCGGCCGAGCUGGGCAGCGACCUGUACGAGGAGGAGGUGGAGGAGCUGGAGGACGAGCUACGGAAGGUGGC